CUCGCCUGAAGAGCGGUGCGGGAGGCAGGCCAUCCUAUCCGUACAUAAGUGCGUAUAUACAUUUAGCCGCUGGAGGAAGACACCCCUCUUGAAAGUUGCCAUAUUAUGCCUUGACCGUCAUCUCGAGCUGUCCUUUCUGCUUGCUAUAACUAUUCACUGGCAUCUGUUUCCGUCGGCUUGGUCGAUCGUCCAGGAUAUACAUCCAGCAUAUACAUACAGCCAUCCACCCAUCACAAGAGUCACAGCUGGAUCUUCAUUGCAUAUCAACCAACUCACAAGUUGAAAGGACAUUGCAAGGCCCUCCCAGCUGUGCACAAGCAGAAAGACAGACACAGAGAGAGAGGAAGACAUCUCGCCCAUUGUGGAACUCUAACUUGCCUCCCCCAUGGACAGUUCAAGGGAUAUGAAGCGCAGGCGAUGACAGUAUGACUUGACUCCACUGCAGCAAGGACGCAAGAAGAGUUACAGAGACUGACCAGCCGGGAAUUGCAGCAGAGGGACAUCGAAUUGAACGUCGAACAUUGAACAUCUCUCGGUGUACACCAACAUAUUAACCGGCCGUUCUCACAUCAGUGUGCCCACCGACUACCUAGCCAGGCCUCCCCUUCCUCGCAUUAUUUGCUCGAAAUCUUCCACCUCCCCGUGGUUGCUGCUCAGGUCUGACCCGUGAGGUACAUAUUAUCUCCUUGUCCCGCUCGCCCACACCAAGACGAAGACGAACACCAAGAGGGAAAGGGCCUCAAGGCCAUUUCUUCCCGUCUGAACAAUCAUGGGCAAACUCAUCAAAAACCACUGGGCUCGUCUCAUUAUCCUCACUGCUGCCAUCUGUAUGUAUAUCCAACCUCUGACAUACCGAUCUAUAUAUAUACUAUGCAGAUCCAGGAACUAACAGAAGUGAUAGUUCAAUUGGCUGCUGGCAUCCAUGGCUUCUUCUGGCCAAAGAUAUUCUGGGAUUUCCUGACGAAGAACCUCGACAGUGCAGUCAAACCAGUUCCUAUACUACAGAUUAUCAACGUCCUGCUCGGACUGCUGGGACUGGCCUGGGAAUGGCCCCUGAAGCCGCUCGCAGGAACUUUGUUCCACCGCAGCAUCGAGAUCAGGCUCUUCAUCCUCCCUCUCAGUGCGCUUGCUUCGGCUCUGCUAUAUCAAGGCACAAACCCUGCCAUUUAUUACCUUAUUGGCAUGGCUGUUUACUUCUGGGGGUACAGCGAAGGAGAAACUGUAUGUCCCGAACCAUGGACCUUGCCACGGCGAAGACCAAUACCGAUAGAGUCAAAGGUAUAGCCCGUUAGUUAUACUGAUCUAUAGACACAUUGGAACGCACCUGUAUAUAUUUUCACCAUUCGUACAUAAUACCCCUAUAAUCUCGACCAACUGCUGGAAGGCUUUAUCCCAGCUUAGCGGUCAAUAUUUGCAUACACGCACACUUAAUGUAUAUUAAAAGCACGAUCUUGUUGAUGCACCCUUUAGCGAUCUUAUGAAUUAACGAAUUUCCCUGUCAAUAUUAACCA